UAAAGAAUCCAUAAAUACUUCGUCCGAGUCCAGUUCAUCUGAGGAAUUCAAUUCUGAUCAUGCGUCACCAGAAAAGAAAGUGGAUCCAGGCAAAAUAAUAUGCACGAAGAGAAAAUCUGAUAAUAAGGCGAAGCCAAGAAGCGUAUAUCUAAAAAAUCUAAUGGAUAGGAAGGACGCACUUCUUAAUUAUUUUGAUACUGUUGAUGACAGUAAUCUAACAGUCGUUGUACAUCCCACCACCCCAAAAUUUCCUCUAACAAAUAACACGCCCACUUCCUUCACAACCGCUACUGGAAAUGAGACACUCACGUUAGCGGACGAAAUAAAAAAAUAUGACACUGGAGCCCUUAUUUCGUUUUUGCAGGAACGGGGCUUAGAGCUAGACUUGGACGAUGAAAAUAUUAUUUGCAAGGAGAAGAUUACGGGCCAGGACUUAUUUGACUUGACUGAAGAAAGGCUUCGCAGUGUUGGCUUAGGCUUGGGACCUGCUAUGAGACUCGUGAAGUUUGCCAAGGAGUGUAAGAAUAAGAAGUUGAGGGCUUUUUCAUCAUACCGCAGUUUGAAAGAAGUUUUAGCGGAAUAUGACCUUGCUUCUGAGGGUACAGAGAUUAUACCUCUUUUCACACCACGAAUCCGCAAAAUCCCAGACGAAAAUAAGCAUCUCGAACUGUGUAUGGCUGAUAUCAAGUUACGACUUAAAAGUUAUGAGAUAUUGGUAAUGACAAGUUUGGAGUCCAUGCGUAAUGAAUACGUUUCAACUAUACUACAUACUGCCCUUCAUAUCGCAGAAGAUAUCACGAAAAAGAAAUUUAGUAUGAGGUCUGAGUACGAAAUAAUUGGAGAUGAAAGUAGUGGGCAGGUCGACUAUGUAAUCAAGACUUAUAGGAAUCCGAUGAGCUUAUUUGCAUCACAGAGGAUAAGGUCCAGCAAAAAUUAA